GGGCCUGAGCCUCUCCGCCGGCGCAGGCUCCGCUCGCGCCAGCUCGCUCCCGCCGCCAUGUCUGCCACCGUCGAGCGGGAGUUUGAGGAGUUGGAUGCUCAGAAUCGCUGGCAGCAGCUGUAUUUGGAAAUUCGCAAUGAGUCCCAUGACUAUCCUCAUAGAGUGGCCAAGUUUCCAGAAAACAGAAAUCGAAACAGAUACAGAGAUGUAAGCCCAUAUGAUCACAGUCGUGUUAAGCUGCAAAAUGCUGAAAAUGAUUAUAUAAAUGCCAGUUUAGUUGAUAUAGAAGAGGCGCAAAGGAGUUACAUCUUAACACAGGGUCCACUUCCUAAUACAGGUUGCCAUUUCUGGCUCAUGGUUUGGCAGCAAAAAACCAAAGCAGUUGUCAUGCUAAACCGAGUUGUGGAGAAGGAAUCGGUUAAAUGUGCACAGUACUGGCCGACAAAAGAUGAUCGAGAGAUGCUGUUUAAAGAAACAGGAUUCAGUGUGAAGUUCUUGUCAGAAGAUGUGAAGUCAUAUUAUACAGUACAUCUACUGCAGUUAGAAAAUAUCAAUAGUGGUGAAACCAGAACAAUAUCUCACUUUCAUUAUACUACCUGGCCAGAUUUUGGAGUCCCUGAAUCACCAGCUUCAUUUCUCAAUUUCUUAUUUAAAGUGAGAGAGUCUGGUUCCUUGAAUCCUGAACACGGGCCUGCAGUGAUCCACUGUAGCGCAGGCAUUGGGCGGUCAGGCACCUUUUCUCUAGUAGAUACCUGUCUUGUUCUGAUGGAAAAAGGAGAUGAUAUUAACAUUAAACAACUGUUACUGAAUAUGAGGAAAUAUCGAAUGGGACUUAUUCAGACACCAGAUCAACUCAGAUUUUCAUAUAUGACUAUAAUAGAAGGAGGAAAAUUUAUAAAGGGAGAUUCAAAUAUACAGAAACUUUCUAAGGAAGACUUAUGUCCUGCUUUUGAUCAUUCACCAACCAAAAUAAUGACUGAAAAAUACAAUGGUAAUAGGAUAGGCCUAGAAGAAGAAAAACUGACAGGUGACAGAUACAGACUAUCCUCUAAAAUGCAGGAUACUGCGGAGGAGAACAGCGAGAGUGUUCUACGGAAACGAAUUCGAGAAGACAGAAAAGCUAACACGGCCCAGAAGGUGCAGCAGAUGAAACAGAGGCUAAAUGAGACUGAACGAAAAAGGAAAAGGCCAAGAUUGACAGACACCUAAAUGUUCAUGACUUGAGAAUAUUCUGCAGCUAUAAAUUUUGAACCAUUGAUGUGCAAAGCAAGACCUGAAGCCCACUCCGGAGACUAAAGUGAGGCUUGAUAAACCUGUAGAUUGCCUCACAUUUGUCUGUUUACAAAGUAAACUUUACAUCCAGGGAACGAAGAGCACCACCAGCAGACGACUUUGCAGAACCCUCUAAUUUGAUAUAUUGUAAGUUUUUAAUAUGUGUAUGAAAUGUAGAAAGAUGUAAAAGAAAUAAAUUAGGAAGACUACUUUGUAUUGUACUGCCAUUCCUACUGUAUUUUUAUACUUUUUGGCAGCAUUAAAUAUUUUUUAUUAAAUAGA